AUGAAUUUCAUUUGUUUUGCCUUAACAUCGUGAUUAAAAAAAGAGAAAAAAUAAGAAUUUGAACCUUGAAUGGCGAUUCUAAAGGCUAUUGGUUUACAAUUAUUUUUCCAUCAAUUACUUGCCACUUUCUUGGUGGGUCGAGAUGAAUUUAGUGACAGAGAGGAGUUUUUCCCCGUUGAUUUCUCCACGAUGUCAGUUAUUCCCAUGAUAGAUGACACGAUCUAUCGUGAUGAAGUGGUCAAUCCCAAAUUUUGGGGAUUUCAGAGAUGGCUAAUAACAUUCAAAGGGCCUUCCAAGACAUUGAUUUGGGGGUUAAUGAUGCCCCUUUUGUCUUACCAGCGGCGGUGAUUCAACAAGCAGCAGAAGAAAACCGCUUCAUUCUGGUGGGUCGACUGGUCAUGCCCCGACGUCAGAACCUCCGUGCGAUUGUAUCUACAAUGCCUCGUAACUAGGGUCUAGAAGGGAUUGUUCGUGGUCGAACCAUUGAAGGCAGGAGAUUCCAAUUUGUUUUCCCUUUGAAAGAAGCAAUGGAGACAGUUCUCAGGCGGAGUCCUUGGUCCUAUGCGGAUAGUAUGCUAGUCCUGCAGAGAUGGACUCCUCUUAUGGAUAUGGCGCUGCUUAACUUCAUUCCGUUCUGGAUCCAAAUUCGUGGGAUCCUUCUGCAGUACAUGAAUCGUGAAGUGAUAGUGAAUAUUGCUCGCAACAUGGGGCAAUACAUCCAGAUGGAUUACAAUGAAGAAUCAGGAGCACGUUUGGAGUUUGUUCGUGUUCGGAUCAAUUGGGAUGUCUCUCACCCUUUGAAGUUCCAGAGGAAUUUUCAAUUCCAAUUGGGAGUUAACACCUUGCUGAAGUUUCAAUAUGAGCGGCUUCGAGGUUUCUGCGAGAUCUGUGGUAUGUUAACACAUGAUUCUGGAGCCUGUUUAUACAGAACAGGGGCCCUAGAGAUGGUGAUGAAGAUGAUGACAGUGAAGGUGAUAAUGAUGACGUCGAGAUACCACAAAACCAGGGUGUUAUCAUCGAAGAGAUUAAUGAAGAGGCAGCACAAGGAGAUGAGGGAGAGGCAGAGGCAGAUCCAAAAGAGGAGGCAUAUGAGAGGAACAUUGAGAUGCAAGAAGAAGAAGCAGAUGAUGAGGAGCUUUGGAGUGGGGCAGGCAAGCGCACGAUGUUCACAGAUGAAGUCUGCGAUGAAGAUGAUUACUAUCCAUACCUUGUCCAUAAGAUUGGAACGUCAGAUUAUUAGAUUGGAAUUAAGAGGAAGGCAUGGCUAACUGAUGGGAAUGUCAGCGCAUCAAAGUUUUUUCAAGGAGAGUCAAGCGGUACACAAACGACAAAGAGGAAGAGGUUUCCUUCAAGUGCUGGAGACAAUGAUGAUUCUGAGAAUGAAAUGGGAGAUCCAAGUGAUGAACAGAGAGGCAUGGUGGGCCCAGAACCACCUCUCCCAACAUGAGAACACUCUGUUGGAACUGUCGAGGUCUAGGCAUUGACUCGACAGUUCGACGCCUUAAGGAGAUCAAUCACAAGUAUCUCAUGGACAUCAUAUGCCUCUCAGAAACAAAACAACAAGAUGAUUACUUCAGGGAUGUAGGUGCUCAGUUAGGUUUCCUUUCUUAUGUUACGGUUCCUCCUAAUGGUUCCAGUGGGGGUUUAGUUGUCUUUUGGAAGUCGAAUGUAUAUCUUUCAGUUAUUAGUUCCUCUCCUAAUCUAGUUGAUUGUAAAGUUGGAAGAAUUAAUGAAAAUCCUUUCUAUUUCUCAUUUGUGUAUGGUCACCCCAACCCGGCUUUACGACAUCAUACUUGGGAACAUCUACAGAGAGUUAGUCUUGGAAGACAACAUCAAGCAUGGUUUGCUUUGGGAGAUUUUAAUGAUAUUCGAGGUAACCAUGAGAAAGAAGGUGGGAGAGUGAAACCGGAAGCUUCUUUCAUCAACUUUAAAAUCAUGAUGCGGAUUUGUGAUUUUAUGGAUAUAAGAAGCAUCGGUGAUAGGUUUUCAUGGGUUGGACAGAGAGGUCUUUAUCAUGUAAAAUGAUGUUUGGAUAGAAGUAGCUGUCAAAUACUUCGAAAAUGUAUAUGCUUCUUCACCAAUUGAUCAGAAUCUGUAUGAUGAGGUCUUUACAGGGUUUCAGUCAAGGAUUUCAUUCAGUAUGAAUGAGGAUUUAACACAAUGAGUAACAGAAGAGGAAAUCAAACAAGCUUUUUUUGAUAUAGGACCUCAUAAAACACAAGGACCAGAUGGCUUCACUGCAAUAUUUUAUCAUCAGUUUUGGGAAGAUCUCAAGCCCGAACUUCUGAAAGAAAUAACAUAGUUUUUAAAAAAUGGCAAGCUGGAUGAACAUCUCAAUCAUACAAAUCUGUGUCUGAUUCCGAAAGUUUAUCCACCUACUGGUAUGUCUCAGUUCAGAUUUCAGACCAAUAGCUUUAUGUAAUGUAUCAUACAAGGUGAUCUCCAAAAUAUUAGUUAAUCGGCUAAAGAGACAUCUUGGGAGCAUCAUAACAGAAAAUCAGACAGCUUUCAUUCCAGAUAGAAUGAUUACAGACAACAUCAUAGUGGCUCAUGAGAUUUUCCACUCUCUGAAAGCUACAAAGAGACAAUCAAAGUCUUACAUGGCCAUAAAGACAGAUGUUACGAAAGCGUAUGACCGCUUGGAAUGGAGUUUUCUAAGAGAGAUAAUGGUCAGAAUGGGAUUUGAUGAAGAAUAGAUACGAUGGAUAAUGGAAUGUGUAACGUCUGUUAACUACUCGGUGCUCAUUAAUGGUUCUCCUGAAGGCAUGAUUAUCCCACAAAGAGGAUUAAGGCAGGGAGACCCAUUGUCUCAUUAUCUUUUCAUCUUAUGUGCAGAAGCUCUGUCCCAUCUAGUGAAUCGUGCCAUGGAAGACAUGAGUCUACUGGGAAUUAAGGUUGCAAUGCAAGCUCCAGCGGUGAAUCAUUUACUUUUUGUAGAUGAUUCUCUGUUCUUUACUCUCGCAAACAAAAAAGCAGCAGACAAGCUCAAGAAAAUCUUUGGUAUGUAUGAGAAGGUUUCGGGUCAAGCCAUCAAUUACAAAAAAUCCUCAAUUACUUUUGGAAAGAAGGUAUCAUCUGAUACUCAGAGCAAGAUGAGGAACAUAUUACAGAUACAUAAUGUUGGUGGUAUUGGUAAAUAUUUGGGGCUUCCAAAACAGACUAGCAAUAGGAAGGCUGAUAUGUUUGCAUACAUAACGGAUAAGGUAAAAGCAGUUACUCAAGGAUGGAAACAGAGAUAUCUGUCCCAUGGUGGGAAGGAGGUUCUUCUUAAAUCUAUAGCUCUUGCUAUGCCAAUAUUCUCUAUGAAUAUUUUCAGACUUCCGAAAGAAAUCUGUGGGAAUAUUAGUAGUAUUUUGGCAAGAUUUUGGUGGGGAAAUGGAGAGAAUAAGGGACUUUAUUGGUAUGCUUGGGAACGUGUCUGCAAACCAAAGAGAGAAGGAGGUCUGGGUUUUAAAGAUUUGGAAUCCUUUAAUCAAGCCCUAUUAGCUAAGCAAGUUUGGAGAAUACUUCAGAAUCCGAAUUGCUUAAUGGCAACGAUCUUAAAGGCAAGAUACUUUCCAGAUAGUACAAUAUUAACAGCAAGGGUUAAGACAAAAGCUUCUUAUGCCUGGAAAUCACUGAUGUUUGGAAAGGAACUACUCAACAAGGGGAUGAGAAUUGUAAUUGGGAAAAUGAAAUACUACUCGUAUGUGGCUUGAUCUGUGGCUUCCUGAGCAUCCGCCAAGACCACCACGAUCUAGGAAUGGUGGAAUGCUGGAUGAUCUAGAACAAGAUUUUGUACAAGGAGGAGGACAUUGGAAUGCUGAUAAAAUCAAUAAUGAAGUACAUCCAGAGGAUGUUGCAAAGAUACUAUCUAUAAAGCUCAGUUCGAAGGCAGAGGUGGACUUAUUGGGAUGGAAUUAUAAUGAUAGUGGUUUAUAUACUGUGAAGUCUGGUUACUGGUUGGCAACUCAUUUACCAGAAUAUGAAGGAGGACAUGCUAUCUAUGGUGUUGAGAAUAUCAAACAGAGGGUUUGGAAAAUAGAUACUCCGACGAAAUUGAAACAUUUUCUAUGGAAGAUGACGUCAAGGUCUUUGGCUACGGGCUCAAAUCUAGAGAAGAGACACAUAGUCAGAGACGGACAGUGUAGGAGAUGUUGUUUAGAGCUGGAAACAGAAAAACAUAUAUUUUUUGAUUACCCAUAUGCUCAGAAAAUUUGGAGAAGAGCUGGUAUCUCAAGUAACAUCAUAAAUAGUUCAUCAGCUACUUUUGAGGAGAAGAUUGAUGCCUGUCUACAAUACUCAUCUUCAACACGGCUCACACAUUUUCUGAAUAUUCCAAUUUGGAUACUUUGAAGAAUAUGGAAGAGUCGUAAUCUACUGAUCUUUCAACAUAAAGGGAUUUACUGGGAGAGAAUUCUACAACAAGCUCAAAGAGAUGCUAGUGAAUGGAAAGCCUAUAGUAAUGAUAUUAUAAGAGCUGAUCCUGGGAAUGAACGGACAACCAACACAAAGAUAUGGCAGAAUCCUUCACAAGGAUAGAUCAAAUGUAAUGUACAUGGUGCCUACUCACAUCAACAAAAUACAAGCUCGGCAGGAUGGGUAUUCAGAGAUUCAAAUGGAACGUAUAGAGGGGCUGGACAGGCUGUUGGAAAAUAUGCUACUAAUGCAUUAGAGAGUGAAAUGCAAGCACUAAUUA